AUAUCAAAAUUGUAAAAUGUCAAAGUUAAAUGUCAGUCAAUUAAUACAAGCUUCAAGUUUUUUUACUUUCUACAUAAUAAAAAAUGGUGACAACAAAACGUUUAGCUGCUUUCGGUUCCAGCGUCAAAAGAUUCGGUAAAAACACCGGACACCCUAAACUAGACCCCAACGGGCUGUACAUCCCCAGGCCCGAGGGCUGCGACCCCUGCCUCUACCACCCCCAGGAUAUCGACAAAAUAUUUGAUUUUAAUAAGCACAUCAAAAACCGCGUCGACCCUUGGAAAUAUAAAAGUGAUCUUGAGGAAUGGUCGAAAAACUUGGGCUACAGAAACCAAAAGGUCCUCGACCGUAAGAAGUGGUUCGACUCCCUGCUGGGCCCCGCCUGGCACGACGUCCAGGAAGACAAAAAGUGCGAGCCCGCCUGCCACAACGUGGGCUUCGGAAGAACUCCGCGCUUUAAACCCUCCAGUAAGUCCAUCCCUGGUCCCGGUACGUACUACAAACAUGUUCCCUACAGGGCGCCCCACGGACCUCACUCGAAGAAGCAGACCUUCGAAAUGCAGGAGCCCUGCAGGUUCAAGGAUCCCUCCUCGAAGUGGUCGCUGGCACCGAAUCGUUACAACAUCAUCGACAAAGAUAGCAUAGAACAGAAACCGAAAAAGAUAGUGUCUUUGAGGGGGCCCUACGACCUGUUCACGGGGAAGCGUGACGGGACGUCCAUCAAGAAUCACUUUAACAGGACAAAAGUGUCGGCAGCGUCGUGGCCGUACAGCAUGAAGGGAUGUAUGGAGACGUACAAGCGGUCACAUUACGGGGAAAUGAACAAAACGAACAGAGAGCUGCCCUGUCGCAGCCGGAACACGUUGGUGGAUCUGACGAUGUGCAUCCGCAAGCCGGGCGAGCCGGGACCGGGGCAGUACGAUGUGGAGAAGCCACGGCAAUUUGUACAAAACGCGCAAGGCUUCAACAGCAGCUAUGACCGACCGCCGGGCUAUCGGCGCGCGGAGGUGUGGCCCGCCGUCGGUCGGUACAACGUGAAGUGCGUCAAGUACCACGUGCCCGGCAGCGGACACCGCCACGCAUUCCUCAGCAAGGUGCCGCGCACUAUCGGCGCCGUCCUGCCGCAGCCUAUGAAUACUUUCUGAUUCAUUUUAUAUUCAUAUACACACCUAUCACUUUUGUAUUGAGAUGCUAUUUUACAUUAUACCAAGAAAAUUGACGUAUAAAGUAGAAAUAAAUAUUAAAUUUAAAGAGCCACAGUUUGUAGCUAACUUUGUAUUAUUGUAAGAAAAUGAUUUAGCGUAACCUUUCGAAUGGAGUUCGAUUACUUGCCUUGUGGACGGUGCGUCCAAUUAGGAAGGAAUCCUUUGAGGUAAAUCGAACUGAAGAAAUUCUCUUUAAGGUAUAAAAAGAAAAUUACUAUUGCUAUAACUCUCCAGGGAAAUCAUGGACAUGAUUGCGUGCGGAGGUCUACUGUAUCACCAAAUGCACAUCACAUAG